UCAGGAUGCGGGUUCAUGGUGCGGGGUGUGUGUCUGUGCUGGGAAUCUGUCACUGAGCUAACCGAGCGCUCUCCUCCUCCUCCUCCUCUUCCUCCUCCUCCUCCUCCUCUCCGACAUCAUGGCCAAGCAGUACGAUGUGCUGUUCAGACUGCUGCUACUCGGAGACUCGGGAGUUGGGAAGACCUGUCUGUUAUGCAGAUUCACCGACAACGCGUUUCAUCCCGCACACAUUUCCACCAUCGGAGUGGAUUUUAAAAUGAAGACGUUAGAGAUCGAUGGAAUCAAAGUGAGAAUACAGAUAUGGGACACGGCAGGACAGGAGCGAUAUCAGACCAUCACUAAACAGUACUACAGACGGGCACAGGGAAUCUUUCUGGUGUAUGACAUCACGAGUGAGCGCUCCUUUCAGCACAUCAUGAAAUGGGCCAGUGAUGUGGACGAGUACGCUCCUGACAAAGUCCAGAAGGUGCUGAUUGGAAACAAAUCUGAUGAGGAACUCAAAAGACAAGUGGCUACAGAGCAGGGAAACAAGCUUGCUAAAGCUUAUGGAAUGGACUUUUUUGAGACAAGUGCCUUUACCAAUCGCAACAUUACAGAGUCCUUUACACGUUUAGCUGAGCUGGUGUUACAGACUAAUAAAAAAGACCUCGAUCUCCUGCGGGUGUCCAUCAAUGACCAGCUGGAUCUAGCAGCCCUGGAGGAAGAGACGGGAGUGUGUGACGGCAGCAGUGGCGCCCAAAAGACCUGCUGGUGCUGAGGACAGGAAGUGGCAUCAACACAUUUUCUUUUCUGAUCCAGUCACUUUGGCGGAAUUUAUUUUUUCUUCUCAGUUUGGUGCCUUGCAGUCUUUUAAUUGAUUAAUUAAUAAGCAAUUCAAUCAAUUAACGGAUUGAUUAUUCAAUCAAUCAAUGAGGUCCUCUUUAAAUUCAGGAAGUCUACCCUAAAUGACGAGCUAGCAACCUUGUGACAAAUUAGUAGCAAGAGAAGUUAACCAGCUAUUGUUAGUGUCAUCCAUUUUAUCAUUUCAAGCCUACAUUUCGGUUCACGAGUGUGUGAAAUAAAUUCAUACAGCAGUUACGACGGUGAAGAAACGGGCAGGCUCGUCGUAGGGCUGUUCGGAAAACAAAUUUACUACUCGGACACCUUUCUGGCAUGUCUGUGUUUACUAAUAAACUAAUUCAGAAAGCAUUA